UGAAUCGACGUUCUUUCCUUGUGAAAAAUUGAAAAAUAUGAAUGUCGAAUUGAAAGAGCUUUCACAACCAUGUUCAACAACUACAAAGGCUUUGGUGCUCAUUCGCAGGAAGUUGCAAAAAAAAUUAAUUUCCCUGAGUGUGAAUUCCAUGAAUGCACAUUUGAAUACCAAGUCACAUUAGAAUACCAAGUCACAUUUGAAUACCAAGUCACAUUUGAAUGCCAACUUAACUUUAAAUGCCAACUUACCUUUGAAUGCCAACAAUGAAGUUACAAUGAAUAAAGUUAUAUUAAUUAAUGAAGUUACAUCAGUAAACAAAGUUAAGCAACUGAAUGAAGUUACAUCAUUAAAUAAAGUUACAUCAAUGAAUAAAGAUGCAUUUAUGAAUGAUUUCAUAUUAAUGAAUACAAAAUGUAUAACAAAAAAUCCCAAAAGUUUGACAGACAACAGUUUGACAGGCAACAGUACAAAAAGCACCUCAUUUUGUAACCUUUUGUCACCUGUAGUGUUUCCUCAUCUGCAGGCGGAGUAACGCCUUGAGCAGGCGUCUUGUUCUUCUUGUUUUGGAUAAACAGACAAACUGUGUAAGAAUUCAGCAAUGCUAGCAUGUGUUAAACCUGCAGAUCUAAGCUCACUAACUUCUUUUUUAAUAGCAGGAUUUUUCUUAAGAGGUUUACUUUUGUGUUUAAGUUCUUGCCGUAUUGCCACGCUUCCCUUAUUUGGUUUUAACCCACUUUUUUCUCUAAUUAUUUGUUGCUUCGACUUAAAAAAAAAGUAACAAUUCUUUGAAGAACAAUGGAUGUUGCAUCCGACUUUGGUUCGUGAGGUACUCAGGAAACAAUUAUAGAUUGUGGUUCUUGAGGUACUCAGGAAACAAUUAUAGAUUAAUUAAAUAAGGUACAUUAGUUAUGUUAUAUUAGUUCUGUUUAUAUUAGUUUGUGACAAUGACAUGUGUCAGUUGACACAAAAACUAGAUUGCAUGUUAAAGUUAAAGCCAAUUGAAACUAGGAACUCCUAUCAAAAGGAUCUAAAAGUAAAGCUAACCUGUAUUGUCGACACCUGUAUUGCUAACCUGUAUUGUAUUGCUAACCAGAUAAAUAUUGAAUGUAGCCCUGAGGACACGCCAAAGAAAUCGAAUAGUAUCAGUGUCAGUGUUAAUAAACAAUCAAAAGUCAAAACUAUACGAUUACGUGUCUACUACAUUCAUCGAAAUAAAGCGCAUAACUCCAACGGACCAUAGCAUUCGAUUUCUGCCUCUCCGUGAAAGUGAGUCCCGAGGGGUUCUGCGACCGAAACAAUGAAUGAAAACGAAGGAACUUCAUCGGCGGUUGCCACCACCGACGAAGCAAGGCUAAAGAGUGCAAAAAUGAAUCGACGAACCGCGAAAGCCGCAUUGACGAGAGCCGGAAAAGCCCUGAACCACCUCAUUGACGCAAAGCGGCCGAAAGAAGAGGUAAGCGAAUCUCUUCUUUUAUAUAAGAAAACGUACGAGACUUUGGUAUCAAAGCAUGAAGAAUAUACCAGUCUGAUAGAAAGCGACGAGCUGUUUACAGAAGAGGAAAGUUGGUUAGAUAACUGUCAAGAAACGUUCAUGAAUUUGGACAUAAAAGCAAAGUUAUAUACGGAGGCGAUAGUAGAAAAUAUCAGCGAGCCGUUAAAUGCUAACGUAGGUGCAUGUACUAGUAAUUCAAGUCUAGAUCAAUCUGAGCAAAACAUGGACGGUGAAACUAGCAUGCAAACGUCUAAUGGAAUUUCAACAAUUUCAAAUCACACAUCUGGUAGUAUAAAUCUGUCGCCUGCGGCUCAGGCGCCCAAUCCUGUCAUCACAACGGGCGAUCCCAUUCCAACUGAACACGCAAAUCACCAGAUAACGAGUCAAACAUGUAGUUUUAAAAUGGAAAAGCCUAAAAUGCCCAAAUUCACCGGUGAUGUAAGAGAGUACGCAAUUUUCCGCGCAGAUUUUAAGUACGCUGUUGAAUCAAGAUACGGUAAACGCGACGCAAUGACAUUUUUGCGAACAUGCCUCCAGGGUAAACCACUUGAGCUAAUUAAGGGAAUAGGUACAGAUUACGACGCAGCGUGGGAAUACCUUGACUCCGUUUACGGAGAUCCGCGUUAUGUCUCGGACACGAUAAGUCAAGAUAUUGCUAAAUUUAAGCCGCUACGCGAAGGCGAAGACUCCCGAUUUUGCGAAUUAGUUCACUUAGUUCGACGAUGUUAUAACACAUUGAAAGAAGUCGGGCUGCCCAGUGACAUGGACAAUAGCCAUAUGUUGUCCAUAAUAGAGCAAAAAAUGUGCGUCGACGACCGGAAAGUGUGGUCACGAGAACUACAGAGAGAUGGAAAACCGGCGUCGUUAAAAGGUUUGAUCGAUUGGAUGUCGACAGAAAUGAAGUCGCGUAUGCGUGCAACAGCGCCGAUUAGAGCUGUUGGUAGUAAUAAUCGUUUCAUAUCGCAUUUAAUGAAAGGUGAUGAAGGAAAACAUGACAUUGCGAAACAUAAAUGUUGGCUUUGCAAGAAUUCCACCCACUGGCCUGAUCAAUGUGAAAGGAUCAAAGGUAUGACACCUGAGAGUCGCCUGAGCGUUGCCAAAGAAAACCACGUGUGUUUUGGUUGCCUGAAACGAGCCGGUCGAGACCAUAGGAUGUCAAACUGUAACAGACGUAGACAAUGCACGGCAAUCGACGAUGACAAGCAAUGCACCUCCUUCCACCACCCUUUACUGCACCAAAGUACGAAAGCUAAAGUUGGUGUCGCAUUGACAAAUGAAAAUCAAGAGUCCCUUCUUCCAAUGAUUUCCGCAAAUAUCUGUGGCGCUAACAAAAUCUACAAAAGAGGAAAUGUUUUGUUCGACAGCGGUGCGCAAAUCAGCUUGAUCAAACAAGAUACAGCAGAUCAUCUCGGUUUGAAAGGCAAGGCUGUGUCUAUAACGAUAACGAAAGUUGGCGGGGAAGAAGAGAGUGUCAAGACGAACGUAUAUAAAGUACCAGUCACAUCAUUGGACACCCGAAAGACCCAUUCCGUAACGGCAGUCGGAAUUUCAUGCAUCAGUGAUGACGUAAUGGAAAUCAAGCUCGAUAGAGUAGCAGAUAAGUUUGGCAUAACGCAAAGUCAGAUAAAUCGUGGCAAAGGCAGCAAAGACUUGUUGAUCGGAAUCGAUCAUGCUUUCAUGCAUACCGGAGAAACAAGACAGAACGGACGUUUAGUCGCAAGAAAUUCGCCGCUUGGAUGGGUAGUGUUCGGAUCUGCACCUGGAGAAGCUAAGAACGUGCAUAAGAUAUUCCACGUCAAGUAUGCCAUGGCCGUAGAUUUGACGGAUUUCUGGACAACGGAAUCAAUGGGUGUACAAGUAGAAUCGUGCCUAUGUGAACAAGAUAAGCUCAGUCAGGUUGAACGCGAAGAGAAGAUUUUGAUCGAAAAAUCUUGCAAGAAAGUAGGAAAUAAAUGGUUAAUUCCGUACCCGUGGAAAAGAGACCCAAAGCAGCUGCCGGACAAUCGACCCCAAGCAGUAAAACGGUUAGAAACUACAGAACGGCGACUUUUAAAGAAUCCGGAACAGGCAGCAGCUUACGACAAGCAAAUGAUUGAAAUGAACGAGAUGAAUUAUUCCCGAAAAUUAUCCGAUGAAGACAUCAACAGUUAUGAAGGCCCAGUUCAUUAUGUUUCCCAUCAUGGAGUCCUACGUCCCGAAAAAGCAAGCACUCCGUUGCGUAUCGUAUUCAACUCAUCCGCAGUCUACCAAGGACACUGUCUGAAUGAAUACUGGAUGAAAGGUCCGGAUCUUCUGAACAGUUUAUUUGGUGUAAUCCUCCGAUUCCGAGAGAAUAAAGUCGCAGUCUCUGGCGACAUCUCUAAAAUGUACCACCAAGUAUUGAUACCCCUAGAAGAUCAACACGUCCACCGUUUCCUCUGGCGAAAUCUGGAUUCAACCCGAGCACCAGACACCUAUGUGAAGACAGUCCUCACGUUUGGAGAUAAACCAGCUCCAGCAAUGGCACAAGUAGCACUGCAAAAAACGGCGGAAGAAGGAAAGACCACGAGUGAACGGGCUGCAAUGGCGAUCAAAGAUAACAGCUACAUGGACGACAUCUGCGACUCCGUGCAAACAAUCGAAGAUGCAAAGAAGUUGACCGAAGAUAUCGACUCCAUCUUAGAAAAGGGAGGGUUUAAGAUAAAGGCAUGGCAAUCAAAUGAAGACCUCGAGAAGAAAGUGGAAAGCAAACAGCCGAAAGAUGUAAAACCUCUCCAACGAAGUUCUGAAGACAAAGUGUUAGGAGUCGUAUGGAACAGCUUCAAAGACGUUCUAAGCUUUGUAACGAAAGUUGAGCACAAUCAGCCAAACACGAAACGCAGGAUUCUAAGCCAAGUCGCGAAAGUCUACGACCCGAUUGGUUUCGCCACAGCGUUCAUCAUUCGAGCAAAGAUAGGAAUGCAAGAGCUAUGGCAAAUGGGAGUUGACUGGGAUGAUGAACUGGAUCCAGCCGUACAAGCGAAGUGGCUGAAAUUCUUCGAAGAACUGGGACGGUUGAAAGAAGUAUCCUUUCCUAGAGGUCUGUUCGUACUCAACAGCAUUGGUCUGCCAAUUCUUUGUAUCUUUGCUGAUGCGUCGGAAUAUGCAUUCGGAGCGUGCGCAUAUCUUCGCUGGAAAAAGGAAGAUGAAACGUUCGAAAUUCGUUUCGUCCCUGCCAAGUCACGCGUUGCACCAUUGAGGAAGUUAACGAUUCCACGACUGGAGUUACAAGCGGCACUUCUAGCAUCACGCCUGUCAAAAAUCAUUCAAGAAGAAACGUGCCUCCAAUUUGAUAGAAUCAUAUAUUUCAUCGAUAGCACAAUUGUACUAGCCUGGAUACGAAGCACAUCUCACGUGUACAAGCAGUUUGUCUCCUCUCGAAUUGGAGAGAUCCAGAGCAACAGCGAUCCCACCCAAUGGAGACACAUACCAAGCGAAGCAAAUGUGGCCGAUGACGUCUCUCGAGGAAUAGCAGUUCACGAGUUAAACGAAAGAUGGCAGCAUGGUCCCGAGUUUCUACGUCUACCGGAAGAAGAUUGGCCAGAAGAUAAGUCAGACCUUAGCAAGCAAGAAAUGCCCAAAGAAACACGGAAAACAGUUUGUACCCUGAAAGAAACCAAGAGCCCGAUAGACCAGAAGAAAUAUUCAUGCUGGAGAAAAUUAAUCAGAGUCACCGCCUACGUUCUAAGGUUCGUAAGAAAUGUUAGAGACAGAAUAAAUAAGCCCAACGAGAGCACCGGACAGUCAAAUAAUAAUGAAAGUCUUAGCCCACGAGAAUUAGAAGAAGCCGAAAGGUACUGGAUAAAGGAUGCCCAAAGGAAUCUUCACAAUCGAAUAAAGAAAGGUGAGCUGAAAACACUAAGCCCAUUUACGGAUGCGGACGGAGUCAUUCGAGUCGGUGGAAGAGCGGACAGAGCAAUGACAUCGUACGAGUCGAAACAUCCUGCACUGCUACCGUAUGAAUGUUGGAUAUCUCUCCUCAUUACUCGCCAGUCGCAUAAGUUUGGUCACAACGGAGUAGCAACCACAGCAGCAAAAGUCAGACAGAACUACUGGAUCAUAAGAGGCCAUGAUCUUGCAAAAUCGGUAAAAUACAAAUGCGUGUUUUGCAAAGGAAUACAACCCAAACAAGAAAUCCAAGUAAUGUCCGAAUUACCCGAGUUACGAUUGGCCCCACACACCCCACCAUUCCACUUCACGUCAUGUGACUACUUUGGUCCUUACAAAGGGAAAAUCGGACGGAACAAGACAACGAAGCAUUACGGAGUAAUAUUCACGUGCCUCAACACGCGAGCUGUGCACCUCGAAUUAGCAGUAGAUUGUUCAACCAUGGAUUUCCUGCAAGUAUUAAGGAGAUUCUUCGCAAUAAGAGGAUACCCGAGAUGCAUGAUAAGUGAUAACGGAACACAGCUAGUUGGAGCCGUGACUGAGCUUCGCAAGAUGGUAAAAGGAUUAGACGCAAAGAAAUUGCAAGAAUUCUCAGCGGAGCGCGGUAUGGAAUGGAGAUUCAUAACACCUGGCUCCCCGCAUCAUAAUGGCUGCGCUGAAGCAUUGGUCAAGAGUGUAAAGAUUGCGCUGAAGAAGGCUAUUGGUGAUGCUUUGAUGACGCCUUUCGAGCUCUACACCUGUCUGAUCGAAGUCGCAAACCUGGUCAACCAACGCCCAAUCGGACGAGUUCCGAACGAUCCCGAUGAUGGCAAGUACAUUUGCCCAAACGACAUGCUCCUCGGGCGAGCUUCGUCGCAAGUACCACAAGGACCAUUUAGAGAGACUAAAGACCCUCGGAAACGUGUCGAAUUCAUACAAAGAAUAGUGGAUUCGUUUUGGCGGCGAUGGACCCGUGACGUCUUCCCUUCCCUGCUCCCAAGAAAGAAAUGGAACACGACGACUCGCAAUGUGAAAGUGAACGAUAUAGUCAUGGUAGCUGAUGAUAACGCAAUUCGUGGAAAAUGGACGAUAGGAUGAGUGACGAAAGUGUUCCCUGGAAAAGACAAACGAGUUCGAAAUGUAACGGUCGUGACAUCUAGAAAAAGAUACAGUAGACCGAUCACAAAGAUAGCAGUUAUCCACCCGGCAGAAGAUACCGAAGAAUGAGAGAACCCUCAUUGGGGGGAGAGUGGUUCGUGAGGUACUCAGGAAACAAUUAUAGAUUAAUUAAAUAAGGUACAUUAGUUAUGUUAUAUUAGUUCUGUUUAUAUUAGUUUGUGACAAUGACAUGUGUCAGUUGACACAAAAACUAGAUUGCAUGUUAAAGUUAAAGCCAAUUGAAACUAGGAACUCCUAUCAAAAGGAUCUAAAAGUAAAGCUAACCUGUAUUGUCGACACCUGUAUUGCUAACCUGUAUUGUAUUGCUAACCAGAUAAAUAUUGAAUGUAGCCCUGAGGACACGCCAAAGAAGUAAGUAGCAACGAUUAAUUUCUUAACUCAUUUACAUUAUUACUUUACUUAUAAUUAUCAAUUAUUGGACGAGGUCGAGCAAAAUAUCGUGAUUUGUCGGUGGCGAGCAUAUCAAUUAUUUGCCGAUGCCGAAGGCAGAGGCAAAUAAUUGAUCUGCGAUCCGAAGGCAGAGGCAAAUAAUUGAUCUGCGAGCCACCGACAAAUUACGAUAUUUUGCGAGAACCGAGUUCAAUAAUUGUUUUAUCAUUCACCAUUCAAUUUUCAAUUCAUUCACCACUCAAUUUUCAAUUUUGAGUUCGUUUUAUCGGACAGUUCGGCAAAGCGAGUCGCCAUUGUUUAUAAAAUUGACAUUAAUGCGCAUGCUGAGAGUAUUA